CGAGAAAUACAGAUGCACUAGAGAAAGGCGCACUCGGCGGCGAUGGAGUUUGUAAUGGAGAAGGUGAAAGAAGUGCUGAUGAUUCUUCCGAAUUUGAUCGGGUACAUGAUGGAGAAGCUGAAAGAAGUGCUAAUGGUAAUUCCGAAUUUUUUCGGGUACUUAUUUGGGAAAUUGGAAGAAGUGCUGAUGAUUCUUCCGAAUUCAAUCGGGUACUUAUUGGGGAAGGUGAAAGAAGUGUUGAUGUUGCUUCCGGAUUUGAUCGGGUACUUGAUGGGGAAGGUGAAAGAAAUGGUGAUGAUUUUUCCGAACAUGGGUGGAUACAUAAUGGGAAAACUCAAAGAAGUGCUUAUGGUUCUUCCGAAUUUGGGCGGAUACAUAAUGGGGAAGAUGAAAGAAAUGGUGAUGGUGGUUCUGGAUUCGGUAGGGCAUAUGAUGGGGAAGGUGAAGGAAGUGCUUGAGAAUUUGGUCGGGUACAUGGUGGGGAAGGUGAACGAAAUGCUGGUUUUUCUUCAGAAAUCGAAUUUGAUCGGGUACUUGAUGGAGAAGGUGAAAGAUGUGCAGAUGGUGUUUGAGAAAUUGGUCAGGUACUUGAUGAUAAAGUUUGAGGAGGAAUUCCCAGCUGAUACGAGAGCAGAGCAGUUGCAUCAUUUGCUGGUAAAAUAUGUGAUCCCGAUCAUCUCUUUGGUGAUACUGGUCUGGUUCUUAUAUUACUUUUGGAGAUGCUGCUGGGUAUGCUUACAAAAGGUAAUCGAGUGCUGCGGGGAAUGUUUAAGGUUCUGCUGGAAAUGCUGCUUUGGAGUAGGGCAGACGACGGUGAAGAUGAUGAAAGCUCCCGGGGUUGAAGGUCUUAGGAUUCCCAGAUUACCUUUUGAGGCUAAUCCAGCAGCCUACUUUCGAUCUCUUCGAUUUCCUCCACUUCUUCCAUUAUCUAAACCUUUGCUGGGCUAGUUUAUUAUUAUUACUCUGUUUGCUGGUGUAGUCUUUCGAUCUAAACCUUUCACUCUUCAAGUCAAAUGUUGUUCUUCUUUGUAGUACUAGCUAGUAUGUAUGUUUGCAACUAUAUAUGCAUGACGAACAAACCCUUGUUGUUGUCUUCUUCCUUGUAUUUUACUUUUAUCGGUGGGUCUAAUUUAGGGAUUACAAUGGGUAUAAAUCCCAACCC